CCUACAACAAUUUUUAUAAGGUCAUUAAUAUAAAUUAUGGAAUUGGAGUUCAGCACACUAAUAAAUGAUGUUAAGGAAAUGUUGGUUGAUAAUGCGGAAUUCCUGCAUUCAUUAGAAAGCAUUGAUUUCAUAAAGGACGAAGUCAAGCAGUUGAAUGAUGAGGCAAACAAGAAUCGACUGGAGUACGGUGAGAGGCUAUGUCGCAUAAAGAGCAAUCAGGCGCGCCUGGAUGAGACAUUGAAAGAAGCUAAAGCCGCAAGUAAAACUGUGGAUGAGCUUAAGAAUUUUGUAAAGGAUGCACUGAAAGAGAAGAGGAACAAGCGUCAAAGUGUGAAAAACACAAAAGAGUUCAAGGAGUUUAGGAAACGAUUAGCUGAUAAAAACGAGGAGACCGUAGCUGAGAUCAUGUCGAAUGUCACUGAUAUUAUAGCCGUCCAUGAUCCAUGGUCCAAGGAAGUCAUGUUAGAUCCUGUGGUGAACACCAAAUGUGGUCACCACUACAGUAAACAUUCUGUCGAGCCACUAAUAAAGGAUAACAUGGGCAUAUGCUGUCCCAUCUUGGGCUGUCCCAACAAGGCAUAUAUAAAGCCAGCUGAUUUAAAGCCGGAUCCAGCCAUGGCCGCUAAAAUUCAAGCACAGUUGGCGCAACAGGAAGAGGCUGUUAUUUCAGACCAGGAUGAUGAUUUAACUUAAAGCUUCAAUUUUUAGCUUACA